AUGUGGUAUGCUUAAAUACUCAACUCACUUGAAGUUGAUGUCUUCUCAGAAGAGUAACUCCAAGAUAUCACUAACCAUCUUCAAUCCAUCUCUGUAUCUGAUUCCUGUAAUAAUGAUACCAAACAAUUUUUUAUAGAAUCAGCAAAUAUGGGAUAUGAAUUUACGAUUAACAAUUAGUUGUCGAACACUCAAAUAAUCAUUAAAUAUCUUCAACUCUGGAAUCAAGAACUUCAUAUCUUCUCCAAAUUUAUGGGUUUAAUAGAAUUUAGAAAUAGCCUAUCAAAUUAAGAUCAAUCGCGUGACACAAGCUAACUCUCGUCUGCUAGUUUUACACUUACAAAUUAAUCUUUUAUUGUAGAAACUUAGUUGUUUAAAUAAAAUGAUAAAUCAUUUAAAUAUUCUACAAACAUAAUGUAAUUGAUGAUGAAUAGGACCGUCUCUUAAAUUUAUGAAUCUACCUAAACUCUUUACCACUUGCGUAGUCUAGAUAAUCAGAAUAAAUAGUAUGCAUUAUAAGCAAUUCAGAAACUAUAAUAACUUACCAUUAAAUCUUUGGAACCAAAAUUAAAUAGGAAAGUAAAUCUGUUAAUGGCCAAAUUAUAAGAAAGAAUGGCUUUAUUAUGA